AUGUGUGAAUCUAAUAUUAAAAUUGUUGAAAUGGAAUAGUGCUUUCACACACCGCCUCUAAAUUCAUACAAUAGUUAUUGUUAAAAUGAAUAAAAUUAUGAUUUGAUAACAAAAAUAAAUUAUCAGGAAACAAAAUAAAAAAAUGAAUCCUCUAUAACACAUGUCAACCUGAAACGGAGCAAAGGCCAACAUCCGCUCUCCCGCUGAGAGCUUGCAGAAGCUCUCAAAGUUUUACAAGUGUGAUAACCAGGUUUCCACCCCCAUAUAUACCUCCAGCGCGACAUAUAUUGCAACGAAGUCGGUGUUAGGCAACAUGUUUUGCGCCCACUCUAUAGAAGGGGGCGGCUUUAAUCUGCCGGAGCGGAAUUACACCCACACCCAACUUCUUUUGUUCGCUCUUCUUGACGUAUCUGAUCCACUUGACAAGGACUUGGGCCAACAAGCAACUUGCAAAUUGCGGAGCUUUGUUUGCAAACUUAUCCUUCACAGUGACAAAGAACAAGUUCAUCAAAAAUUGAAAAUUCACUUUUGUCGAGGCGUUAUUAGCGCUUCAAAAGAAGAAAAAAGGGUUAGUUGGUCGACUGUGGUGCUGAGAGUUAUGAUCAAGAAGCGCGAGUUUCGUUCAAACACGCACACCUUUAUAAUUAGAUCGAAAUUGGGCUCGGGAACAAAUAAUCGAACAAGUAAAUCAAGAUAACAAGACAAUGAUGAGGCGCUCUAGCGUGACCAUUAAUCGGACCCUAACGGUCGAGGGGUCGAACGACGCAGCAUCAAUACUCCAUCGGAUGAAAACCAGAUUUACAGAUUUCCUAUUUACGAAAUGCAGCCAAUUGUGGAGCUCUCAUGUAAAUUGUGCACUCCUGAAUUAUUGAUUGAAGCCACGACACCGACAGAUAAUUACAAACGAAAUUUGAGAACACUUGUGUUUAAAAAUUAAUUUGAUUAGUUAGACUGGUUUCCAAAGUGAUUAGUCAUUUCAAGAAGCACUUCUUCGAUUAUCCUGGAAAUGAUUUUACUCAGACAUAAACUUCAAAAUUAGGACUUUAGGUCGUAAAAGUCAAAUUCCUGUAUGAGAUAUAACUCCGGAAGGAGAAGGGGAAGCAAAUUACUUCGAAAUGGGAGAACUUACUAUGCAGAAACUUUAUGUUUGUUUGUAUAGGAGACAGUGGUGAUGUUAUAGUAACUAAAUUGCUGCUUUAAAAUUUUAAUAUUUUAUGUAAAAGGAUUUAAAUAGGACGCUUGUGUUUUAAUUAAAAUUAACUUACUUAGGACCAUCACUAAAUGUUAUAUUGAGUGUUUCCAAAAAAAAUUUAAUA